AUGACAUCCACAUCGUCUCUACCUGUUCUUAUCGCUGGGUCAGGCCCAUGCGGCCUCGCACUGGCUUUGACUCUCGCAAAAAAUGGGGUCAAAGUGCGAGUGAUCGAGAAGGACUCACAAUUUCACCUUGGGCAGCGUGGGGCUGGAAUCCAGCCUAGGACUCUCGAAGUAUACAAUCUCCUAGGCGUCCUGCCUGAUGUUUAUGCAAGAGGUCUGCCACUAACGCAGAUGUGCUUCUACAAGCUCCCGGGAGGGGUUGAGCCUCUAAAGGCGUUCUACAUGGUUCCACCAGAGGAGCCCACUCUCUCCGUACCAUACAUCAAUGUGUGGGUGCUUGGGCAAUUCCUUGCUGAAGAGAUCCUCCGUAACCAUCUAAAGAAAUACGGAUGUGAGGUUGAGCUCAGUACCGAGCUGAAGAGCUUUGAGCAGCACGAUGACCACGUUACUGCUCACAUUGUGAAGAGAAAUGGACAAGAGGAGAUAGAGGAAACCGUGACAUGCAAUUGGCUCGUGGGAGCUGACGGUGCUAAAGGUAUCGUCAGGAAGCACUUGGGCUACACAUUCCGGGGUGAAACCCUUUCACAGCAGCUUGUGUUUGGCGAGAUCGAGUUGAAGGGUCUCAGCCAGGAUGUUUGGCAUAUAUGGGGAGACAUGUCCACAAACUUUGUGAUGCUACGUCCUGUCGAGACAGAAGGAUGGUUCAGCUUCGGAAUUGGAGGGAGCGUAGAUUUCGAGCGAAUCUUUAAUGAUUAUGAUGCGCUGAUUCAGUGCAUACGAGACGGGACGGGCCGGAAUGAUAUCGAGUUUGGGAAGAUCAUAUGGAAAUCGGAUUGGAGGGCCAACGUUCGCAUGGUAGACCAGUUCGGCGAAGGGCGCGUAUUUCUCGCAGGAGACGCUGCACAUGUCCACAGUCCGGCUGGAGGACAAGGAAUGAACAGCAGUGUGCAAGAUGCAUUCAAUCUCGGCUGGAAGCUCGCGCUCGUCGAGAAAGGACUGGCUCCUGCAUCUCUCCUGUCUACGUACACAGAGGAGCGCAUCCCUGUGAUCCGCCACAUGCUCGGCGAGACGACAAAACUGUACCACAGCACAAUGGCGGCAACCCGCGAAGGUAAGGGAGCGGAGGUUGCAUGGUCGCGGGGGCCUCAGUUUAAGCAACUUGGCAUCAAUUAUCGUUGGAGCUCCAUCGUCGUUGACGAGCGCAACCCUCACAAGACUGGAGAAGACUGCGAGCCGCUGGAUGCUUAUGGUGUAGAUGGAAGCACCGGGCUUAGAGCUGGAGAUAGAGCUCCCGAUGCUCCUGGUUUGGUGCCCGUGAAUGCAGGCGCCGACGCCAAGUUGACCUCUCUUUUCCGCACGUUCGGGUCGACCUACCACACCGUCCUCUUCUUUACUCCCGAUCCCUCGAACGUUACGCUUGCGCUGGAGUCACUGAAGGCCUACCCUGCGGAAUUGAUACUGUCGGCGAUCGUGUACCCCAAGGGCACAUCUAACACCUUGGUCAUCGGACAUGCGGAUAAAUGCUUUGUCGACGGGCAGGCCCAUGCCUCGGCGGCUUAUGGUAUAUCGGCACUGGAGACGAUGAUCGUGAUCGUUAGGCCUGACGGCAUUGUUGGUGGAAUUGUGCGUGGGGCGGGUGGUCUGAAGCAAUACUUCCGGGGUAUAUUCUCGACCAUUGCUUGA